CUCACAUCCAUGUAGACUCAGCUUGAUUCUCAGCAUGCCGAGCCAUUGCGUGACCGGUGACGGGUGAAGAGGGCAUUUUCCCUCAAGACCUUACUACCUUACCAGUCCAUGGGUCUAUGUUCGCAAUACCUUUGCGCCUCAUGUGGCUCUUCUCCAUUCUCACAUUGGUAGCUUCUGAGAUUUGCGCGAAUCAUGAGACGGAGUUUGCCACCAAUUCCACGACCUUAAUCCAGCAUUUGAACCCCUCAGUAAGUCGAAAUGGAUCAAUUAGGAGCUCCCUGGAGAACGUGACAAAGGAGGUCAACGAGACCGUGGCUGAAGCGCCUGAAGAAAUUGCAAAAAGCAUGGAGUGGAAGCAGCGCUUCGCACGCCUGCAGGGUGGAGAAGGAGGAGGUGGAUCAAUUGCACUUGUCACAGAAGCGGCUCUGUCGGGUUUGGCCUCGAACCUCUUCGUUUGUAGCGCUUGUGUUGGCCUCUUUAGUUUUCUUCGUGGCCGCUACCCUUUGGUCUUCUUCGGGAACAUGGCAGAUGGUACCAUGGACUCUGAUCAGCGAAGAAAUUGGAUCUCAUCCUCCUUGGCGUUGGAUUUGGAGAAGAUCACUGCCGUCAUGGGCCUAGAUGCAUCUUUGGCCAUCGAAUAUGCCAGCUUUGGGGCUCGGCUCAUGAUGAUCAUCGGGUUGCCGUUUCUUUUCCUCUUCAGCCCCUUGCACCGCUGGUAUGGCGGUGGUGGACUUGAAGAAAAGGAUUUCCUCUCAAGCAUUUCGGUGUCCAACGUGUCCAUGGGCCACCCUUGGUUGUAUCACCUUCAUGCACUGGCGGUGCUAUGGACAGUCCUAGCCGUAAGGGCCAUGGUUUUUCGAGCUCAACAGACAUUUAUGGCAAAGCGCCAUGCUUGGCUGACAAGCUUGCCCUCUCUGAGGGCAAAUACAGUGCUCGUAGAGGACAUUCCUGCUAGCUUUCAAUGCCAAGAGAAGGUGCUAACGUUCUUUAGCGAGAAUGUGGGCCCGGUGGCCCACGUUGGCAUGGUGAGGCAUACGGAGAAGCUUGAAGCGGCCAUCGAGGCACGAAACUCUACUAAAGCAAAGCUGGAGGAGGUCCGGAAGGAAGUUGAGUUUCGAGAGCUGCAGGGCAGUCCAGACAUGGAUGCCAAGAUGGAUAAGAUAAAUCUUUUGUCCCAAGAGCUGACAGAGCUUGAGUCUCAAGUCAAGGCAGAACGAGAGCACAUCAAGGGUCAGUUUGCACAAGCAGGUGGAGUGAACUCGCAUUCGGCUUUUGUAACUUUCCAUUGUCGCAAAGAUGCCGAAAUGGCGAAGGUCCUUGAAUUGAGUGGGAAUGCUGACUGGGCAGUGCACGAUGCCCCCGAAGCUUCGGAGAUUCGUUGGCACGACUUGUUGCAAGACUACAGUGUUGCUCGCUCGGCCAUUGGUUGCUUCCUCAUUUUCUUGCUGUUCGCCAACUUCUCGCCCAUUUGUUUGUUGAUAUCAUCCGCAGCUUCUGAAGUGAACGUGGGCAAGCUGCAACCCAUUUGGGAUGCCUUGGCUCCGACUCUUGGGUUGACAAUCUUCUUGUCGAUGCUGCCCACUGUCUUGUUGCUGAUCUUCGGAAGCUUCUUCAAACUGCGAGCAGAGUCUCUGGCGCAACACCGUCUUCAAACAUGGUAUUUCCUGUUUCAAGCCGUCUUUAUUCUCUUUUUGCCGGUGGUUGGGACGAAUUUCCGCAGCUUUGCCAAGCAGCUUCUUGCAGAUGACAGUUUGUCUACAAUCCUUGCACAAAUCGCCGACAGGAUACCAUUGUCAGGCGAUUUCUUCUUCAACUUUAUUGUUCUGCAGUGGUCGGUGUCCUGCAUGGAGCUGCUGCGAAUGGUGGUCCUUGCAAAGUUUCUGCUGUUCAGGACCACCUAUACAGAGGCUGAAGCUCGGCAAAAGGCAGAGCCGGAAGAUCAGGACUUCUAUGGGAUGGGGGGCAGAACCGCUCGAUGGAGUCUCAACCUGGUCAUUGGAUGCAUCUUUUGCAGUGUAUGGCCGAUGGUUCCGCUGGUUGUUCUUCUCCAGUUUUUGAUGCAGCGGCUCGCAUAUGGAUAUUUGAUUGCAUUUGCUGAGACGCGGAAGCCUGAUUUGGGAGGAGAGUUUUGGUGCGAGAGUUUGCUACAGCUGUUGUACUGUAUGGUCUUGUUUGCAGUCGGGAUGAGCGGCCUGCUCCUUCGGCGCUCCCCAAGUUGUAUCCCUCCUGCGGUGGCCUUCGUCGGCGUGCCAAUUGCAGUGGCCUCCAUUUUGCAGUUCAAAGAUCGAUUUCGGUGGAGGACCUUGUCAAUUCCAGAGGUGGUCAAGAUGGACCAUCCCCUACCUACAAAGGACACCAACUCAGCUUACAUCAAUUUGGUCAGCUUGCCUAAUGUAGCAGAAGCAAAGUGAAGCGCUUAUAACGACGCAUGUAUACGCAUGCAGUUUGCAGGGAGCUAAGACGAAAUUGGACUCAACCAUCUACGAGCAACCAGCCCUGACGGAAGAUUGAGGGCUAAUUGGGACAGUGACUUGCACAAGUGCAUUUGCAGUUUGGAAAAAUGGUG